AUGUCUCGCUCCCAGGUGGUCCCUGGGGCCUGGGCAUUCGUUGAUGAUGAGGGAUUGGCGGUGGGGGACCCUGACCAGCGAAAUGGUUGUUCAUCAUUGGCCUUGGUGGCUGUUGUUGCUGCUGAGGAAGCAUUUGCGGUUGUGGUGGCGGCGGCAGCGGCUGCUGUUGAGGAGGGGGAGGGAGAGGCUGUUCCAUCGGAUGCAUCUGUUGUGGAGGAACCUAUACCUGUUGUUGCGGUGGAAAAUGAUGUUGAGGAGGUGGUCCUGGGAAUUGCUGCCUCAACGAUGGGGGUGGCUGAUAAUUUUGUGGCGGCGCAACUUGGCCUUGACCUAAAGAAACCGCCGCUACAUGCUGCUGCUGCAUUUCCUCAUGUUGAUACUGAGUCGCAGGCUGUUCUGGCUGGCGCUGCUGCUGACGGUCUUCACUAUCAUUGUAUUGGCGAGUUGGUGAAGAAGGCCGUUGCGGUUGCUGCUGCUGUUGCUGACGAGGAGAAUAUUCUUAGUAUAGGUAAAAGAACCGAAUAUAAACAGAUCCCUAAAAGGAAAUUCCAAAACGGAAACAGAUCCCUUUACAAGAGUGAUUUUGAAUGUGUAAACGAAAAAGACUCACCGGAAGCCGAUAUUUCGCUAAUAAAAGUGAUUGGAGCCGCAAAUGUGAAGCGAUGGAAUGCCCUGAAAACUGCACUCAAUUGUGAAACGAACUUCGAAUUCACUACGAAGUUGCUGGACAUCACACAGCAAUUCUUAAACAAGGGAAAUGUAGAGGUGAAUGUGUCACAAAAAAACGUAAAUGAGGAAGGAAAGAAAAAAUAUAAAAACAAAACAGUCCAUGACGACUGGAUAUUUCAGUUGGAUAAGAAUGAUGAAAAUGAUGAUGCAAAAAAUAGUGUGAAAACCAAUGAAAGGCAAUCUGAGAAAUUAAAUGAUGAUAGAAGCUCUAAUUUGGCAUCUGUCAGCAAUGAUCAAGAAGUAGCACCAGAUAAUGAAAGCUGUGAAAAUGGUCAUUUAAUGGUCAAAAAUAGUGUAAAGUUAAAUGGAUCAGAGAACGAAAUCAAAACUGAAAAACCAGAAGAAAACGUACAAGAAAAACCCAUUAGUCUAGAUGUGAUAAAAAUAAGAUUAUGUCAUUAUUGCAACACACAUCACAUUCAAGAUCACUGUCCGAUAAAUUUGCCACAGUACAACAUUUUUGAUAACGUAGCGUUCGAUGUAUGGAAACAAAAUUACAAGCCUCUAUUUGAGAAUUUCUGGUCCAAUGUAAAAAAGAAAGCAAAAAAAGUGAUAGGUCGGAAAGCGAAAAAUUAA